UAUUGGGGUUCUUCUAGGAAGAGGAACUCCACCUAAUAAUUAUUUGCCCUUGGGAAUCUUGUGGGUUGCGCCAUUGACCCAUCUCUCACCUCCCAUCACAUAGAUUUGUUCUUCUUGGCCAUGGUGGUGGGGACUGGAUCUCCGCCCAAUUUAAGGAGGAGGUGUGUCGACGACACUCCGCUGCCAAACCUGUCCCUCUCUUCUUCUUCGUAUGAACCUUGACUUGGAGGCAACAGAUGCAUCCUCGCCGGAAAGCAUCGAUUGUUGCGUCGGGGACGCUCGGCAUGAAGCACUCGUCCUUCAGCACCGGCCGGAAGAACGGCAAGUACACCGUCUUCGUCGUGAUCUUGUUCUCGGUGUUCCUCUUCUUCUCGUUCACGUACAACGAGGACGUCAAAUCGAGCGCUGAGCACCCUUUCGGCGGUGAAGUCAAGUCUGCAGAUGUAAGUCGGGAAGACUUCCCCGUGGCUGAGCCGAUCGAGAUGGAAAACCACCAGGCUACGAGAAGCAUGGAGACCGCCACAGGCAACGAAGCUGAAAAGGAGACGACAACGGUGGUGUUGCCGCAGGAGGACGACGUGACAGUGGUCGACGUGGCAGAUGCUCACGGAGAGCCAGCGAAGCCCGAGCGGCAACGGGUACUCCUCGACGUGCCGGAGAGCUGCGACCUGUUCACCGGCCGAUGGGUCCACGACGACGUGAGCUACCCGGUGUACAAGGAGCAGGAGUGCCAGUUCCUGACGGAGCAGGUGACGUGCAUGAGGAACGGCCGGCGGGACGACAGCUACCAGAAGUGGCGGUGGCAGCCCCGGGACUGCUCUUUGCCUCGAUUCGACGCGAGGCUUAUGCUGGAGCGGCUGAGGGGGAAGCGUCUCAUGUUCGUGGGGGACUCAUUGAACCGGAACCAGUGGGAGUCGAUGGUGUGCCUCGUCCAAUCCGUCGUCCCGCGGGAGAAGAAGACCCUCACCAAGAACGGCUCGCUCAACGUGUUCCGGAUCGAGGAAUACAACGCCACGGUGGAGUUCUACUGGGCGCCGUUCCUGGUGGAGUCCAACUCCGACGACCCCACCGUGCACAGCAUCCUCAACCGCAUCAUCAUGCCCAAAUCCAUCGGGAGGCACGGCCGGAACUGGAAGAACGUGGAUUACCUCGUCUUCAACACCUACAUCUGGUGGCUGAACACCCCGACCAUGAAAGUCCUGCGAGGAUCGUUCGGUAAAGGAUCGACGGAGUACGACGAGAUCGAUCGACCGGUGGCAUACAGGCAAGUGUUGAGUACGUGGGCGAAUUGGGUGCAGAAGAACGUGGAUCCCAACCGGACGACGGUGUUCUUCAUGAGCAUGUCCCCCAACCACAUCAAGAGCACGGACUGGGACGACCCGGACGGGAUCAAGUGCGCGCUCGAGACGCAGCCGGUGGCGAACCUCUCCCACCCGCUCCACGUCGGCACCGACUGGCGGCUGUUCGCGGUGGCGGAGGAGGUCAUCAGCAGCAGCAUGAGGAGGGUGCCGGCGUCGUUCGUCAAGAUCACGGCGAUGUCGGAGUACCGCAAGGACGCCCACACCUCCGUGCACACCCUCCGGCAAGGGAAGCUGCUGACGGCGGAGCAGCAGGCCGACCCCGCCACCUACGCCGACUGCAUCCACUGGUGCUUGCCGGGGCUCCCCGACACCUGGAACGAGUUCCUCUUCGCCCGCAUAGCGUCCAGCCCAUGGCGUGACCACUGACCGGCGGCCUCGUGCCUCCCUGCAAAUGAUCUCUUUCCUCCUCUGUGAGAUGUUAACCUCUGUCGAACUACAUCUUGCACAUGCAUUCCUUGCACUGUAUGAUUAUGAGAACGUGGACAAAGAACAAGGAAGAAACAAUAGAAGAAAUAUUAAAGUUCCUUGGCUUUGAA